AUGUCGUUUCUUCAUACCCACUCGAGCGAGUGUAUAAAGAGCGAACUCGAUCUCUUCUCUCUGCCACCUACGCAAACCAGCAUUGAGAGUUCGCAAUGGAUUUAUUACAAACCCGUAACUUCGCUCGCAGACGACUCGCCCAUAGAAUUCGUCAUACCCGGACAUGAAGAAGACUAUCAGGACCUCAUUCACACCAUGUUGAGCCUUCGCGUACGCAUAGAAAGCGAGCGCGGGGAGAGCACGGCGGUUGCACCCGAUGGCGAGGCAAAAGUAGGCCCCGUAAGUCAUUUAUUGCAUUCCAUAUUCAACCAAAUCGACGUAUAUUUCAAUCAAAAGCUCGUAUCGCCACCAAACAACGCUUACGCGUACCGCGCGUACAUCGAGGCGUUAUUAAAUUAUGCUUCACCCGCAAAAACCUCCCAUCUAACCUCUUGCUUAUGGGACGCGGAUAUCCCUGGUUACAUGGACGACACGUUAGACGCGACAAAUCCAAAUACAGCGCUCGAGAGACGCGAUUCGAGGAAAUUGCGCUCUAGAUCUCAUUGGUCAUCUUCACUGCGACGUUUUCAAUCAAGAUAA